CCGUCUCCUAGUCCGCGGAUGCGCGGGAAUGGAAAUGCAUACUGCCAGGAUAGUCGGUCGAGGUGGCUAUUCGCAACAGCUCCCAUUCGAAAAGAAGAAAAAGAUAGAGAGAGAGAGAGAGAGAGGGGAAGAGAGAGAGAGAGAGAGUAACAAAGAGAGCGGAUACGAAAGAGGGAGAGAAACAGACACGAGGCACUGGUGGAGGAGGCAUUAUAUACUUGCUGGAUCUUCGUUCACCGUCAGUAUCUUGUCCGAAUUCGUGGCACUUACAUCGCAAACCCUGUAAACACCGCAAUACUCGCAGCUGCAGCCAAGAACGUGAGCUGUGGGAGAUCUAAGAACUUGGCAUAAAAAAAGUCCGUUCAUUUAAAUUCGCAUUUUGCAUUCGUGUGCCGCCUGCAUUUCGAAAGAGGAGUGAUUGCCUCUAUUAAGAAGGAGAGCCCGACCGCUUCGAGGUUGCUAAGAGACACCUCUUUUUUUUCUUGACUGAUUGAGAUCCAGUCCCGGGGGAUUAUCAUGGCCACUUACGCAACAUACAGGCAUGUCGAGCUUGACAAUGUCGGAUAUGGAAAGAAAAGGGUGUUGAAACCACCUGGUGGUGGUAGCAGCGACAUUUUCGGCGCAGAGGAGACGAGUCCGCGUCGUGUCAAGACCCACAAUCAGUCUCAGUUGGGCUCGGCGCUUUUCGGCAACUCCAACGGCACCGAGAACACGCCUGCCGUCCUGUCGCCGCGGUCCAAUAAGCCGGGUAAUGAUUCAUACAAUCGUCUGUUUGGUCCUCCCGAUGCCCUACCCACUCCAAAUACAAAAAAAAAUCACAAGGGCAACAAUAUUCUCUUCAACGGGGAAGGAUCAUCGACCUCGACGCUAUCGUCGAGCCCCGCGAUGUCACGCGCCAAGAGCACAAUCAGCAACGGCAACAGCUCAUUGCCAAACAUUGCUAAUGGCUUUUCUAGCAAUGGCAAUAAUUCAUCCAACGAUAUCACAGCUUUUAGGAGAAAGAAACGAUUUCGAGGAUUGCCGACGCGCAACCCGGUCACCGGAGAUGGAAUUGAGGUGACGCCUGUGAGGUGCAACCCACGAAAGUGGAGAGAUGGCAAUCCGGUAACUGGAACUGGCUACAUGCCCGAGAUGCAGAAAAACGGACCGGCCAUGCAGAACGGAAUUGCUAGCUCGAAUUCCAGCAGUAGUGGCGAAAAGUCGAAUGAAACGUCGCCGGCGGCAGCAAAGCCGCGUACCCGCAUCCCACCUGGUGGCUAUUCAUCUGGACUGUGGUAAAGGGCAAAGUCAUCAUCCGUCGCUUUCUUUCCUUUCCCGAGAUAUGUUCUGAUUAAUUCUUUCACAGCUCUGUUACUCCUAACUCAUUAAAGCCCACUAUAUCUCUUGAGAUCUUCGAAUUGUUGUCCGUAAAACACCCCGAAAUAGAAGUCUAUUUAUACCAUACCGUGUAUCUAUGGCGAUGGGUAUACUUUUCUAUAUUUUUUAGAAUCCCAAAAAAAGAGAGAGUUGAGAGACAGGUGAAAUAAUAUAGUGGGUCUUAGUAGAUUAACAUCAUUCUGCUUUGUACUAUUCUCAAGAAAAUUCAUAGAGAGGAGCAAGAAUAACAUUUACAGGCCUUUUGAUUUUCGGAUAACUAUUCUCAAUAAUCGUUCUUGAAUUAAUUCAGACGUAAAUACAUGAUUAUAAUCAGUCACUGCAGUAUUCAAACAAGAAUGCAGUAUUCAAUAUAACAUGAUAUUUGCAAUUAGGAAAGUCGAAAGGAUUAAUAAGGAUGGACGAAAAUACUAUAAUAAUAAUAAAAUCAUUAAUCAUCCGAAUAUUUGCAACGUAAAAACGAGCAAGAUCGCAUUUCAAUGACGCAAUUCGAUCAACAAUUCUAUCAUAUUUCAUAUUGAUUUCUUGAGAUCUUAGAUUUCAAUCAUAUGACACGCAAAUUCUAUAUUUUAAAAGAAUUAUAAAAUAUCGAAUUGGUAAUUAAUGGUAAAAUUGUUAGAUUUAAUAAAUAGAAUUUUUGCAAAUCUCUUUACUGCAAAACGAAUAAAAUGUUGUAGAAAAUAUGAUACUAAACCGGUCCUGAGUUUCUCUGGAGCGUGAAUUACCAGUCUUUCAAUUAACAACUCUGGUACAAGUUUUAUCACGUAACUGUAUAAAGGUAGUUAAAACGAUCAUUGCGCGUAAAGUAUAUUUUUUCAUGGCUGAAAUGUUACGUCGGUCGAUGAACGAUUCGCGAGUCGUAAAUCAUUCUGCUAGGAAGUGCAAUUCCUUUAUUAACGGCUUAUAUAUAAUGAACCUAAUAUAAAUAAUAGAAUAUAAAUAAAUAGAAAAGAAUAAUUUUCAUGAUAAGAGAGGUGGAAACAAAAAUAUUUGUUUUAAAAUUAAAGCAUAAAGUAAGAACAUAUUGUGUAAACUAUUUCAAUUAUUUGUAUUUCAAAAUAUUUAAUAAUCAACAUUUUAUGAACAGUAUUAAUAAUUCCAGCUAGAAUUGCAGUAAAAUUUGAAUAUUAGCAAUGUUUUUCAGUAUUAUAAUGUUUAAUUCGUACUUUUUGUAUUUUAUUUAUAUUUUCCAUUCCGAAAUCUUAUAUUUAUUAUAUUGCGUACGAUUGUCGUAUCAGGUAUCGCAGUAUUUUGCUCGUUUUUAAUGUUUGCAUAUCGCGUUUCGAUCAUAUAACAUCUUAGAGAAUCACAUGUCUGAGAAUUCGCUUUCAUCUCAAGAUAAAGGACAAUGAUAUAUUCACAUAUAUACAUAUACAGAACAGUACCAAGAUCGUAGAAUUAUAGUAUCGUGAUUAUUACAGUAUAGGCAUUGAUUAGGAGUGAGGAAAAAAAUCAUUGCACUAUCUAAAAAUCUGCCAAAAAUCAAGAAAAAAUAUAUUGAAGAAGUCUACAUGUGAAAAUAAUUAACAAAAUAAUUAACAUUUUGAAUAGAGAGUAUCUCAUAUUAGUGUGACACUGUUACAAAAAAAAAAUAGAUUCCGUAAAAAUCAAAGGAAUGAAUUGUAAUAAAAAAACAGCAGUGUUUAAUGAUGAAAUUAAGAUUGUGGAAACUUCAGAGUUAUACUACAUUAGAAGUAGGUAUGUGUUAUUUCCAAAAAUAAAGGUAUACUAUGUAUAACCCAUUAAA